CCUGCUGCGUAGCUGCGAAGCUGGUCAGAGCUCCCAGAGGCAAAAGAGGUAAGUAAAUAAUUAAAAGCAAUUAUUAUUAAGAAAACAUUUAAGUUAGUAAUAGUAUAUUGUAAAAUAUAAAAUAAAAAGGAAUCUAAGGAUUCUUGUGUAUUUAUGCUUAAAGAUAAUAAUAUAAAUCCUAAAUGUGAUAUUGUACUAUAUGCUAGUAGUCUUUUUAUUUGUGACUGUGCUAAACCUAAAACUGUUCCUAUUACUAAAGAUAAUAAAGAACCAAUAAAUAGUAAAUUAUACAAUGCUACACUACCUCCUCCUGUUAAUUCAUAUGUACUAAAAAAAAUAUUUCAAAACUCAGCUUGCGGUUUAUUAAUAUAGAUAGGAUAAAUAAUAUUAUUAAUUACCGAUUCUAAAGUAUAAAUAACAUACUCCUGAGCUAGAAAUGCCACUGGUAUAUUUAUUUCUGCAUUAGGACUGGCUAUAUAAGAUUCAUAGUUUUCCACCCCUCCAAAAGUAUCUAAAAAGUUUAAAAUACCAUUUACUACUAACGAAUAUUCCAAAUUAGAAUUCAGGAGAGUUAAGUAAGGACUAUAAGUAUGUAUUAAACCUUCGAAACUAUCUAUUUGUAAAUAUAAUUCUAAUAAUAAAAUUAAUAUUGAUAAUUUUGGCAUAAUAGUUAACCAAAUUGUUACUAUCGUAGGAGUAUCUGCAUAAACAUCUGGUGAUCAAUUAUGCAAAGGAGCUGCUCCUAUUUUAAAUAAAAACCCAAUAAAUAUUAAUAAUACACCUAAUGUAAACUGAGUAUGAUCUACUGAGGAGUCUAAAUCGGAGAUUAAAAUAUAAAUUGAAUCAAAUUUAGUUAAACCACUAAAUGAAUAAAUUAAAGCAGAUCCUAAUAAAAUAAAACAUGAAGAUAAUGCACCUAAUAAAAAAUAUUUCAAUCCUGCAGCUGUUACAAU